AUGGACAUCCACACUCGUGCCCCAGAUUCGCCGUCACCCACCUCGCCAAGCCCUGCCUUUCUUGCAUCUACAACCCCCUCCUCGAGCGACCUAACUACCCGCCGCUGGUACGUCCAGGUCCCAGCAUGCUGUCUACUUCAAAUCACCUUCGGCCUCUUCUACGCCUCAGGCGUCUUCAUUGCAGAGAUUGACAGCCCUUUGUUCACUUUUUCCAUCGGUGUCGCCGGUUUUUCCAUUGCCGUCGGAAUCACUUUCUUCGGUGUCCUCAUGAACAGACUCAUCCCCACUUCCCACUCCGUUCUCGCCCCGGUGUAUAUCGCCGUUAUUGGCGCCUUGGCCUUGUUUGCUCAAGUCCUCAUGCCGCACGCUGUUGCUUCAGACAACUCUGUUUUGCUUCUCGCCUCCGCCGUUGCCGUCGGUCUGGGAUCUGGCGCAAUCUAUCUCGCGUCGGUCGAUGUUUUACAGUCUUGGGUACCGGAAGCACCAGGCGUCAUUAUGGGCAUAGGAAUGCUGUGCGGCGGAGUUGGUUCCUUGAUUGGAAUUCGCGUUGAUAUUGUAUUGACACAACUCCUAGGCGGUCCCCUCCCGGCAUUGGGUGUCUCCGGUGCUAUUGCGGGCGUGGUUGCUCUUGCCUCCGCAGUACUAGUACGUCGGCCCCCACCAGACUGGACUCCUACGUCCAGCGUGACUGCGAGUGGUGCGCCUGUCAUGGAUGAGGAAUGUGGGACAGUGAGUUUGCAUUCUGACAGCGAACUUGCAGCUUUGCUGCCCCUGUCGACGUUGGAGCUUAUGCGAAAUUGCCCUCAGCUCACGGUUAAAGACAUCCUCACGGAUCGAUCGUUUUACUUGCUCUUGGUCGCGUUUGCAGCUACAGUUGGGCCCGGCUUUGGCUUUGUGCUUGCUUUUCAGAAAAUGGCAUACACUCUGUUUGGAGUCUCCAUGGCAGAGGCGAAUCGGCUUUACUUUUCGGUCACUUUUGCCGGUGUUGCAGGAAGGUUGGUUACUGGCUGGACUGUGGACAAGCUUCAGAGUUUGGACUCGAGAGAUGAGGAUUCCUUGUACGGUGCAAGGAAAACAAAUAUGAUAUUGCUAGUUGGCCAAACCAUCGCGCUGCUUGCAAUUCCAGUAUCAAUACACAAUGGCCAUGUCGGAGCAUUCACGGUCGCCUCUGCAGCGGUGUACGUCACGUUCAGUGGGGGCGUCGUUGUGGCGGCCUGCAUGGUGCGCGGUAUUUACAUGCCAAGAAACGCUAGUUUGGGGUUUUCUCUUGUGGCUGUCAGCAUCGGGUUUGGCGACGUAUUCUUUUCAUGGAUCGUGGCUUGGUGCGGAGACCUAUCGGAUGUUGAAAAAAGCUAUGCUUCUGCCAUCUCUCCCGGGGUGACUUCAGAGGCCCAUCAAGGAGAUUACAACAUCUUUCUGCUUUUUGGGCUUCUGUGGUCGCUAUGCGGAUUGGCGGCAUCGCUGUGCAUCGAAGUUUCUCCAACAUUAAUGGCCCAUGGCGAUGGCGAGACGGCGUCUGGAUAUGACUCUUGCGAUUGA